AUGAAGACAAAUGGAACAUUACCUGUCAUAGUGAAGGAAACCAUUGAUCUAAAUGAUAAAGAAAAACAGAUAUUCGAUCGAUCGCAUAAAGUUAUUGCUCAUUUCAAUCUUGAAACAAAGCUUUGUGUUGUAGGUGGAUGGGUACGUGAUAAACUUCUAGGAAAAGAAUGUUAUGAUAUCGAUAUUGCUCUUGAUAACAUGUUAGGACGAGAGUUUUGUGAAAAGAUAAACAAGUAUUUGGUAUCCAGGAGUGAAGAAACACAAGGAUUUGAUGUUAUUCAAAGCAAUCCGGAUAAAUCCAAGUAUUUGGAAACAGCAAGAAUGAGUUUAUUCCAUGUCUGA